AUGCAUAAUACAACAACAAAAAAAUUAGCAUAUGUUAUUUAUUAUCAAAUGGAUGAGGAAUCAUCAGUUGAUGUUUCGUGGGAACCAUCUUUGCAUCGAGAGGUGAUGAUGGAUGGAGUCUGGCAUGGAUGCCAUCAUGAUGAAGGUUGCUUUUUAGAUAGUGGUGGUUAUAUUGAUGUUCGUAUGCAACGCAAUAGUUGGGUUGCAACAUGA